CGUUAGUCUGAAUUAUUCACAAUGUCAUUCAAAGACGGCAGCUAGUGUAUGCCCCCUAAGGCAUCUUGGCAUUUUAUUAAGGACUAUGAUUUUAGAGUCUAGUACUUUGACAACAAAGAUCUUCAGUCCUUUCCUGAGAAAUGAUCUGAGUUGGUUUGCAAUGUGUUGUCAUUGCCUUCUUCAUUCAGCUUGUAAAUUGUUUGAGACAAGUCCCUCCCCGCAUCACAUGCUCAUCUGAACAGGGGCUUCAAGAAGGAGGAGGAGCCCAUGGUGCCAUAAAUUCAAUAAAUUCUAUAAAACCUUUCCUAGAAAAGAUUGUUCUUGAAACUCAACCAAUUUACAAUGAAAGUAACUGCUCUUUUCCUUCUCUUUGCUGUGGGGAUCAUCUGUUUCUCAGGCAAUGCAGAAGCUGCUCAUGCUAUCAACAGGGAUGUUUGUGGGAAUUACCCUACACGAGUACCAUGCACAAAGGAAUAUAGACCCGUCUGUGGCACUGACAAUGUAACAUAUUCCAACGUGUGUGUGCUGUGUAGGAAGAAUGCACGUAGAAACAUUGGAAUUAGAAUGAGAGGACCUUGCCUUGGGGCCUAAACCUAUACCCCAUCUGCCAAAGAAGGAAAGAGUGGGUCUUCUGGAUGUCAUUGUUGAAGACAUGCAGUGUUUGAAAAUAUUCUGUUGAUUCAUCUCCAGAUUUUAUAGUCAAUAAAAACAAAAGCAUUGCA